GUGUCCUUCCCGCCCACUUCCGCCUGGAUCCAGAGAGACUCUUCGAUUGUUUAUGUUGCUACCGCCUAAUGUGACAUUAUUUCACAGGUGGUGUUUUUCGGACGUCUGUGAUGCUUGGCCGAUGUGGGAACAUGUCCUCUGAGUAAUGUUUAGUUACCUUCUCUGCUCAGUAUGAACAGCGAGGAGGAGUUUUUCGACGCUGAGACGGGGCUGGAGUCAGAUGACUCCUGUGAGGUCAGUUUUCAAGAUGCCCAGGUGACAGCACAGGAGAAUGGGAUGUGGGAACGCAGGAAAACCCUCCCGGCUGAAAUGAUCUCCAGAAACAACUUCAGUCUGUGGAGUAUAUUGAGGAAAUGCAUCGGCUUGGAGCUGUCCAAAAUAGCGAUGCCAGUUGAAUUUAAUGAGCCGCUGAGUUUUCUCCAGAGACUCUCGGAAUACAUGGAACACACUCAUCUUAUCCACGAAGCCUGCACUUUGUCUGACUCCAUAGACCGCAUGCAGGUUGUUGCUGCGUUUGCAGUUUCAGCUGUAGCAUCUCAAUCAGACAGGACUGGAAAGCCUUUUAAUCCUUUACUGGGGGAGACGUAUGAACUCAUAAGGGAGGAUGAGGGAUACAGAUUGGUCUCGGAGCAGGUGAGCCACCACCCUCCCAUCAGUGCCUUCCAUGCUCAGUCUCUGAAGCACGAGUUUGAGUUUCAUGGCUCCAUCUAUCCAAAACUCAAGUUGUGGGGCAAAAGUGUGGAGGCUGAGCCCAAAGGCACCAUGACACUGGAGUUGGUGAAACAUAAAGAAACAUACACAUGGAUAAAUCCAAUGUGUUGUGUGCACAACAUCAUUUUGGGAAAACUCUGGAUUGAGCAGUAUGGAACUGUGGAGAUCGUCAACCACAGCACAGGAGAAACAUGCGUGCUACACUUUAAACCAUGUGGGAUGUUUGGGAAGGAGCUACAUAAAGUAGAAGGUUAUAUUCAAGACAAAAAUAAGAAGAAGCGGCGAGUGAUCUAUGGGAAGUGGACAGAGUGCAUCUACAGCGUGGACCCCAAAGUCUAUGACGCGCACAAGAAGGACAAGAAGACUGCAGCAGAUCCUAAAAAGCAGAAACCGGGUAAUUACUGUGAAGCUGAGGAGGCAGAUGAGAUGCCAGAAGUUCUUGAAACGGUGACUGUGAUACCAGGAAGUGCCUUACUGUGGAGGAUAACACCGCGACCUGCUCACUCAGCACAAAUGUAUAAUUUCACCAGCUUUGCCAUGACACUAAACGAGCUGGAGCCCAGCACGGAGAGGGCGAUUGCACCAACAGAUAGCCGACUGAGACCCGACAUCCGAGCCAUGGAAAAUGGAGACACAGACACAGCGAGUACAGAGAAGGAGCGGUUAGAAGAGAAACAAAGGGCAGCGCGUAGGGAACGCUCCAAGGACGAGAUGUGGCCAACCAGGUGGUUCCAGCUGGGAACACACCCUUUCACAGGAGCCGAGGAAUGGCUGUACACGGGUGGAUACUUUGACAGGAAUUACACCGACUGUCCCAACAUUUAUUGACGCAGGCGGUGAAGAACGUCUCCGUGAUAGGAUUUACUUAGGGUUUUUUUUCUAAACGUCUGAGAUUCAUAUCUGUGGCCUCUAGACGCUCACUGGUACUGUGUCUCUCUUUGAAAAUGUGAUUUAGAUAUUUUAUCAGAUUAUCUGCAACUGACGGCCACAGGAACAAUGUGUUAAUAUUAAGGAGAAUCGUAGUUUACUUCAAUUUACUUAGAGUAACAUGAAACGUAUUCAUCUUUAUGUUCCCUAACAAUAACAGCCAACGUGUAUGUUAAUCACCCGUAGAGUCACCUGUGCCACGAUGCUGCAGGACACCAAGCUGACUGUAAAACCGCAUAUUUUCAGGUUUAGUUCAGGUACUCUACUAUUUAACCUGUAGACUUCCCACGCAAACUUUCUGUCGAGUUUCAUUCAGACAUCAGGGGUUAUCUUAACACAUCAGCUACUUUUUUUAUAUAUAUGUAUAGCCUAUUUAAAUAUUAGAAGUCUAUUUUAGUUAGCACUAAACAUCAAAUGUGAUGAGUCUGUGACUAGUAAUGAACAAAAUAUUUGGAAGCUGCUUUUAACCAACGUUUACUGCCACAGUAAACAGAUAUUACAUUAUAAUGUUCGCAGUCACAUAGUUCAUGUGUCUAAUACGUGACGCAUGCAUGGUCACCAAGAUGAGAAUACACACACACACGUCAAAGCCAUAAAAAAUGUCCUCUGCACUGAGUAUAAUACUGUAAACGCAUUAAUGUAAAACUUAAAAGCGAAGGAAUACAGAGCGACUUUGUAACUCUGUUGCUGUCUAUUGUAUGUAACUGAAAUUUUGAGGCAUAUUCACACUCCACAUCCUGGUAGUUGCUGCUCCAGUCAUAUGGGAGCUGUAAACACUAUCUAGAAUGUUGCUAAGGAUACAGUUAGUUACAUGAGGGCUACCUCUUCAGCACUUUUACUUUUAGCCUGCCUGUAUUUGUUUACUUUAACAAACUGACACCAUUAAAUUCAUAAUGCUGUAAAAAAAAAA